AUGGUAUGCCCAGAGCCUCUGAAACUUGGGACAUCACUUUUGUGGAAAAGAAAGGGACAAAAAAUUCCUCAAUUAAUAGAGGUGGAUGAAAAGGCCUACAUUGUUCCUUUUUUAAAAAAUUUGAAAAACUUACUUUUAAAUGAAGAAGUUCGAAAUAAUAUUAAUAAUUUUGAGCAAUUAGAAGAUGGAGUUCUUAGAACCGUACUGGACGGAAGUUACUACAAAGAAAAUGAGUUUUUUUCUAAAACAGAGAAAGCAUUGGCCAUUAUUUUAUAUUAUGACGAACUUGGCGUAGCCAAUCCACUAGGCAGUCAUUCUAAAACUGAAAAACUUGGCAUGUUUUACUUGAGUUUAGGCAAUUUAGAUCCUAGAAUUCGUUCAUCACAAAAUGCAGUCCAGUUACUAGCAAUAGUAAAGUCAAAACUAUUGAAAAAGCACGGCCUUCAGAAAUUAUUACAACCGUUUAUUAAUGAAAUAAAAAUUCUAAAAACGGAAGGAAUUACUAUCACUGUGGAUAACCAGCAAAAAACUUUCAAAGGGUCACUUUUGUUUUGUGCUGGAGAUACGCCUGCUUCGGCACUUUUAGGAGGUUUUAAGGAGUCUGUCUCAGCAAAUCGACCUUGUCGAAGUUGUUUAGGAACAAGCGAAGAAAUACAAAUACAUUUUCGUGAAAAUUUUUUUAUGCUACGAAAUAUAAUAUCUCAUGAGCAACACUUGGAAAUAAUAACAGAGCCAAAUAUUCCAAGAAAUUUACACAAUUUUUGGACGAUUCGAUAUGGGAUUAAUUCACGAUCUCCACUAACAGAAAUUCUGGAUGUGACUCAAUGUUUACCACAAGAUGGGAUGCACAUGUUCUCAGAAGGAAUUACCGAAAUAUGUACCAGAGCUUUACUUCAUUACAGCAUUGUUCAAAAAAAUCUCUUUGAAGUGUGGGAGUUGAAUGAUCGAAUAAGUAAUUUUGAUUUUGGCCAUUUUAAAACAAAUAAACCAGGCUUAAUUGAAAAUGGACAACUUGCUCGGGACUCUACUUUAAAACAGAGCGCAUCGCAAAUGAUAGGUUUAGCCCAUUCUCUACCAUUUUUAAUUCGCGAUUUGAUUCAGGAAAACAACGAAAUUUUUGAGCGAUUGCAGUGCCAUACACGUUUGUUGCAAAUUAUGAAUGUUUGCUCUGCUUACGAAAUUAAUGUUGAGACAACUUACUUAUUGGAUCGAAUGAUUGCAUUGUUUACAAUGAAAUUCAAUAAUUUAUAUCCUGGCUGGAUCGUUCCAAAAUUUCAUUUUGUCGGACAUAUUACACGCUACAUAAGGAUGUUCGGUCCUGCGCGACAACAAUGGUGUUUCCGAUUUGAGCGAGUACAUCAAUAUUUUAAAGAUUUAGUACCGGUUGUUCGUAAUUUCAAAAACCUGCCUCUAACUAUGUCUUAUCGACAUCAAGCUAGACUUGCUUCUCAACUAGCUACAUAUUCUGGAAAUGCAUCAAGAAAGUUUUUAGAUCAAGGCGAUGAAAUAACAUACUCUAAAAAUGUUUUAUUGAGAAAUUUGCCACAUCAGGACUUGCUAAUUAAUUUCCUUGGAAAUAGAAAUCAAGAAACAUGUACAGUUCUUCGAUGUAAAAAUGUGACAACAUACGGGACAAAAUACGAAUCAGGAUCGAUAAUUUUACUGGAAUGUAAUGAAGACUCACUGCCUUUGUUCGGGGAAGUUAAAGAAAUUUUCGUAAUCGAUGAUAUUGUUCUUUUUGUCUAUAUUAAAUUAGAGACAUCUCAUUACGAAGAAACCCUAAAUGCCUAUCAAAUUGUAAAACCCGUUUUUAUCACUCAUCAAAUCAUCUCAUUAAAAGACCAAAUUUUUCCUCAUACUAUUCCUCAAUUCAAAGAUGAUAAUAACAAAUUUGUCUUAUUACUCAACCACGAGAAAACGGAAUUUUAUGGGUAA